CUCAGGCCGCAGGGCUCCCAGGGCGCGCCAUGGCGGCUCGCACCGGCGCCGCCGCGGGGGCCGCUGCGGCCCAGUGCCCAGCCCCGCUCGGGCGCCUCUGUGCAGGCGCGGGCCCGAGGCAGCGCGCGACACGCGAGCGGCUCCAGCUACGGGCGCGCGCGCGGGCGAUCUCGGAGGCCGCGGCCUGCCUCGCGGAGGCCGGCGAGCGGCUGUUGCAGAUCGCGGGCGCGGGGUUCGCUUGCGGCCCCGUCGGCGCGCACUCGGGCGGCGGGUUGGGCGCGGCCGCGCUGGGCGGCUGCAGCGUGCUCAGCGCCCUCGGCCGCGCUGGGCUUGCGUUCGGCGCGCUGUCCGACGCGCUGGACGGCAAGGCGCUGCAGGGGCUGCCCGGGGUCGCCCAGAGCUUCUACCCCCCGGGACUGUCCCCGCGCGGCGACGGGCACGGCCGGGAGUCCAAGGAGGCCAGGGCGAUGGAUGAGUGCACGGGCGCGUGGAACAGGACAGCCAGCGCGCUCGAGGCGCUCACGGGCCGCCUGCGCCAGCCCGGCGAGGCGGAGUGGCCCCGGCCGGUUCGCGUUUGCGGCGGGACGGCUGUCAACCACUUCUACAUCGGGGAGGGCUCCGAGGAGCCCGAGGCCGAGGCGGAGGCCACUCGCAGCGCCUCGCCCAGCAGGCGCGGCGCCCCGGCGAGCGCCCUGCGCAGCAAGCGGUGCAGCCUGCCUGCUCGGCCGUCCGAGGACCCCGGCUCGCCAGGCGCCGCACACCCGCCCAGCUACCACCUCUUUGCGGGCGGGUGCACCGCCAUGGACUGGCCCCUCUCCCGGGCGGAGAUGAAGUCUCGGCUGCUGGUGGUCGACUGGCGGCUGUCAGCACUGAGGUACUCCGGACGCGAGGCAGGCCUCGCGUGAGGCGCCGCUCGCGGCCGCCACCGAGCGGGGCAGGGGCACUCGCCCUUCUUCUUUCUCCUCCCAUCAAUGCGCAGGAGUGACCCUUCUCAAGGGCCUAUGUCUUUCUUGCCGCCUCCCUGAUACCCCGGGGUCACUUCUGCGCGCAGCCGACCAGUUUGCUCCACACCUCCCUGGCCCCGUCCCCAUGCUGGACGGUGGCGGGGCGUGUCAGACAGGCGUGGUCGGAGCGGCGGGGCAGUGCAGCAUGGGUUCAGUCGGCAGCCCUCGGAGUGCUGCGGCUUCUCGGUGCUGCACAGCUCGGCCGUCGGCCACUUGGCAACGCCAGCAAAUGUUCCAGCCCAUCUUAGCGCAGCUGUGACUCCUGCAGCCUCGGCACGCCGAUGCGCGGGGCAGUUGCUAAUUUGACGCUUCCGCGCCCUCACCUCACUGGGAAGUUGAGGGUGGUUGCUUUCGUAGCAGCGAUUUGUUCUGCCAUGCAAAAGCCAAGCCCAUGAA